GAUAAAGAGGGUGGAGGCUCCACCGCGUGCGGCUGGAGAUGGUAUAAACUCGUUGUACAUGGAGGAUGUUUUUGCUGGGCUGGCUACCGCGGAGGAGUUAGCUAAAGGCGCCAGCGUUGCGCAGGAAGGACUUGCUGUUCCUCCGCGGCGUGAGCCCGCGCCUUCUGCGUUGGCAAGUAGGCCUUCGCCUGCUGAUGUUAUUGGUCCCGGUGCUUCUGAUCCUUCGAUCACAGAUCGUUUUCGUCAGAAGCUCCGCGGCAUGGACUUUGACACGCUCCUUCGCGUGCAAUAUGAGCACCAUAGCCUUGGUCAUCACAUGGCUGCCGCCUUGGAGGAGCGCUGCUCCCGGGAGGUUAUUUGCCGGGACGAGGCUAUUGGUGCUCUGAAGAAGGAGAACGAGACCUUGGAGGUUGAGAAGGCUCGCCUGACGGAGGAGGUUAAGGAGUUUUCUUCCGUCAGGCGGGAAAUUGAGUCCCUGAGAAAGGAAAGGGAUGACUACAAAACUGGGUCGGAGGCCUUGAAGAAGGAUAAAGAAGAUGCCGAAGCUUCGGCGGCUGUCCUCCGCACGAGUGUCACUGAGGCGGGGAGAGUUAGGGACUUGGCCCUGCAGCGAGCCGAGAAGGCGGAGGACAUUGCUGAACGCCUUCGCAAAGAGCUUGACGCUGAGCGGACGUCUGCGGCUGAGCUGCAGACUCGCAUACAGAAGGCAGAAGCGGAGGCUGCAGCUAUUGUUGGGCUCUAUGCCGACUCGCUGGCGAAGUUUGGGGGUAGCACCUCUGCUCCUCCGUCCGGCGGCGACCUCCUUUGUUAA